AUGCUCACCACUAUACCACCAACGCUGCACAGCCCGGGCCGCCCCCGGACGCCGGCCCAGGCUCCGCACCAGCGCCUCCUCGCCCUCUCGCCACCGCCUCCGCCGCCUGCCGCAGCCCUGCCCCGACGUGCCGGCCGGCCGCAGCUCUGCGCCGUCGCGGGCGCCACCAGCGGCCGCCCGGCGCCCCACCCGCGCCACCCCCACGCAGCCCUGGCUGCUCCGCAGGCACGACCGCCCGCCGCCUCCGCCGCCCGCCUCUGGGGGGCGCUCUCGCCGCCCUGCGGCUCCCGGGCCCUCGGCUCCCGGCAGCCGGGCAGCUGUCCGUCGCGUGAGCGAGGAGCCCGUGGCGGCCAGCCUCCCGUCAGGAGGUCCCGGCUGGGCUGGGCCGAGCCCGCACGCGCCAGGGCGCCAGGGCGCCAGGGCCGACGAGGAAGGGCAGGGGGUGCGGGGGGUCGGGUCGACGGCGGGCAGGACGGGCCCCCGCGGUCGCCCCGCGCCUCUGGCCGCACGGGGCCGGGCGGAGGCACGAGGGAGGAGAAGGAGGACAAGGAGGAGAAGGAGGAGAAGGAGGGCCCUGGGGGCCGGCGUACGUUUGGGCAGCGCGGCGGCGGCGCCCGCGACCAAAAGAGGGCGUGUCUCGCCUCCCCGUCGGGGAAUCGAACCCCGGUCUCCCGCGUGACAGGCGGGGAUACUCACCACUAUACUAACGAGGACGGCGGCGGCGGCCGCCCGGGCGCCCGACCCCUCUCCGCCCGCCCGCCCGCCGGCCUGCCUGCCUGCCCACGCCCACCCGGGCCCUCGACGUCCCGCGCGCCCGUCCUGCCAGGCGCCCGCCACGUGCCCCGGGCCACGGCCCACCCGGCCCGACCCCCCGGCCGCCGCGUCAGCGCGCACAGCAGUCCCCCGGCCCGACUCGGAGCGUCGCGCCCCCGGACCCGCCGCCGCCCCCGCCCAGCCGCGCGGGGAUGGCGGCGGGAGAAGACGCCCGACACGUCUCCCCUGGAGGCGUGGGUUCGAAUCCCACUCCUGACACGCCCACCUUUUGGCCCGCCCAACGCGGGCUCUCCGCACCCGGGCCUGGACGACGCCCUGUCUGUCCCGCCUUACACGCCGCUGCGGGCUGCGGGCUGCGGGCUGCGGGCUGCGGGCUGGCGGCGCCCUGGCACACGCCAGCCGCGGGCCGAAAUGCCGGCAGCCCCGCGCGGGCCGGGCCACGCUCCCACUGAGGGGCGCGCCUCGCUCGCCUCCUCGCUCUCCCAGCCCCGCCCUACACCUCCCCCCGCCCGCCCGCCGGGAGCGCGGGGUCCCCACGGCCUGUCCUUUCCGCCGGCCCCCAUUCAUUCCGUGGUCUCCACCCCCUCCGUCCCCGGGGCGCCCACGAGGCGUGGCCACCCGGAGGCCUCACCACGGCCACACGCCCGCCAGGCGGGCAGCCGAGCCCUCCGCGCGCCAGCCAGAGACGGGACCCCCGCCCCGUUCGCUGGGCCUGGCCCGGGGGGCGGGGUGGGGUCCACCCCGCCGUGGUGGCUCCGGGGAGCCCUGAGCGCAAGGCAGCCCUGCCUCCCCGGGCCCCCUCCGCGCCGGAAGCCGCUGCGGGGCCGGGGCUCCAGGACGCCAGCGCGCUCCCUCACCGCGCCGCCGCCAGCCAGCCAGCCGGCGGCCGCUCCGCCCAAGCGCACCUGCCGGCCUCACCCCCACCGCAGCCCAGCCGGCCCCGACGGAGAGCUGCGGGCAGAGCUCACACGCCUUUCUUUGGCCUCUUGGCUUGGGCGCUACUCGGCGGCCCCCAUCUCCGACGACGACACCGACGCCGACACGCACACACGCGCACCCACCCCCCCCCCCCCACCCCGCGGCACCCCGGGAGCGCACACAAUCCGAGCUCCGGGCCCCAGCCGGCCCCCGCCGGCGCGCACUGCACGGGCCGGAGAGCCAUCCGCCCAUGGGCCUUCGGGGGGGCGCCGGGAGGGAAGGGAAGGUCCGCGCUGA